AUGCCUCAAUCCAACACCGCCGCUCAUGAUUACUGGUUACCUGGAUAUGGACUCUCUCGACAUAUCGUUCUUCGACAAAUGCAUUAUUAUCUUGGCCCUACUGCCACAGUACGGCCAUACUCCUACCAGGGCCGCGAAGGGUACCUCAUCAACGGACGCGAAUUGACAAAAGAACAAAUUGACGACCUCAAACGCCAGUCCAGAGAGUACGAGAGGCAGCAGACCAUUCGAAUGUCCGGAAGGCCUGCCACAAUCACGGAGACACCUGAGCGUGAUAUCAACGAACCCAUUGUGGUGAAUGUCGGAAGUCGACGAAACAAUUCGUCCUAUUUGUCGGAGCCAGCCGCCUAUCACAGAUACCGAUGA